ACAUAUCACUCUCGUAAACAAAUGGCCCUAUUAGAUCUGUUUGAAGUGUAAGUGGCUCUUACCAAUCAUAGCAAACAUAUCAGAGUGAUAAACGGAUCCCUCGUUAUCAUGUCCGUUUCUCAGACCAGGUCGGUAAAGGACUCGAGCCACUGCCAGGCCAAAGUAGGCUCCAUAAGCGUGGAUGAUCAUGGAUGCUCCAACAUCACUAGCCUGUGGAAGAAAGGUUUAUAAAGUUAAAUGAAACCCAGUUUACACGGUGAAUGUUGCAUCCUAUAAUGUAGGAUUUAAUGUUAUGGUUUGCUCAUGUAGUUCAUCUUGUACUUACUCCGAGCACUUCUGCCACUAGAUGUUCGUUGAUCGAGAAGAUGGUGAUCUCCAGUAUGGUCAUGAUGAGGAGCUGCACAGGGCUGGUUUUACCCAGAACAGCUCCGAAGGAGAUCAGAACUGUAGCUGUGCUGAAGUCUGCGUUGAUUAUUCUGCAGAAUGGAGAAAACAACAAGUCUUUACUAGAGAUGAACUUGUUGGUAAAGAGAUUAAUUGGGGUUGUUUUGGCUGUUCGUGUAAUUUACAGGUUGGGGCGUAUGACCAUUUCCACUGAACUAUACAUUUGAAUGAUAAAGGGAUUAUUAUUUGCGAGAAUCUGUACCAAUCAAAGACAUUGCCUUUAGUCUGUUCAUACAUGAAGGCCAAGACAUCUCUGUAGGAUCAUUAUACUCAAUGCUUUAUACAAACUGCCUUAUAUACGAUAAUAAGAAGGAAACUAAAAUCCAUAGACCAACACAGUUAACCUUUUAGCAUUUACAGAAUCUCAAGGAAAAUGCUUGCCUAAUGAUUUAUUUAGCAGCUAAUUAGUUUGUGAUGCAUAUCAACUGCAUCAAUUAUACAUAAUGGGGUUAACUGGUAUCCAUUAGGGUGCGGAAAAGACUUUCGUACUUAAAGAUGCUGAUUUUGAUUUUGCCGUCGGUCAGGUGCCAGAUGCCCUGCGUGAGGAGGCCCCACUGCAGGCCGAAGGCAGCCAGCAGUAAGUUGAUGCCCACGCUGCUGAAGCCGUAUCUCUUCAGGAAUGUCAUCAGGAACCCGAAGCCGAUGAAGAUCAUGACAUGGACGUCCUGAAACACUGGAGACAUGAGAGGGAAGUGCGUACACCUUCCUGAAGUUUAUGAUGAUGUGGACGCUGGUGCUGCUGGCAGAUUUCAUCCUUGAGUUCAGACUGGAGUACUUGUGGCCGUGCUGGCUCUUCUUUGGGAGUGUAUACACCACAUUCCACUGCCAUGGGCUGGUUAUUUGUGUUGUGUUUGUUUGUGCUGCCUUCACUCUGGACAUCUUUUGUUUGAUUUUUGUUCCUUUGCACUGGCUGUUCUUUGUGGCCAGCACUUAUGUGUUAUUCAACUACAUAUGGCACACAGAGAAAGGCAUCUGCAUAUCCACGGUGUCCCUGUGGAUUCUGCUCGUCUACACGGAGGCGUCACUCCGACUAAAAGACCUUAAAACCUCUCAUGCAAACCUGUCUCAUCUUUUUGCUGCACACUGCAUUGGGUAUCCUGUGGUGUAUCUGGGGUUCGAUGCCACCUGCUACUUCACCAACAUCUUCAAGCUACGCAUACAGAAGGCUGUGCAGAGUGAGAAUGACUUCCACAUGCACCUCCUGCAGCACUCGCUCCCUCCAGGCCUGCAGGUUUUCCCAAAGACGGGAACAGAUGGCAGCAGCAGCUCGAAAUGGAAGAUAAAACCUGAGUCGACUCAGUAUCAGUGUCAGAAUGGAGCUGUGGUGGCCACUGACGAGGCUCACACUGUGGACUGCCUCCAGAUCCGCAGUGAAGAGAGAGUGACAGAGAAGGGAGUGCAGGAGGGGAAGUCCGCUGAAUCGAACCGGAGGCUCUUAUCAUCUAAACCUGCCGAGUCCAGAGAUCUGCUUCACUGCGGGGCAGGAGGACCGGAAUCCUCCGCGACCCUGGAAAAUCUACCUCAAGAUGAGCCAGGAAGCAAAGCCACACGGGCGACUAAAAGCUCCUCGCCAAAAGCCCGCAGAAGCAGCACAAACACUCCCUCCCCCCCUGCAGGGAGGGCGGAGAAGAAGCAGAGAUCCAGCUCAAAAACGGUCAGCCCCAACCGGGACGUCCCAGAGAAGAGCAAUCAUCACGCUGAGCAGAUGAACAAGCUGGAGCAGGAGCUGAGGAGGCUGAAGGGCGAGCUGCAGGUGAGCCGGCAGAGCGAGCAGGAGCUGCGAAGCCACAUCUGCAACCUGACCAACAGCGAGCGGAGCCUGAGGCCGGAGGUGUCCCUGCUCAGACAGUCCAACAUGCUGCUCCAGAGCAAGGUCAUGUGUCUGUCUAAAACCAAGCAGAGGGACAAACAGAGCAGCGCCAUGCUGGAGAAAAAGACGAGAGCAGAGACGGAGGCCAGACUCUCUGUGGAGAAACAGUUGGCUGAGCUACAGGCUCAGAAACUGGAGGAAGCAAACAACACAGCACGGAGUCUCAACAACAGGCAGGAACACUGUGAGACCCAAAUGUUAAGGAAAAGAGUUAAAGAUCUAGAGACAGAGUACAAACAACUACAGCUGGAGUGUCAAGUCAAAGAGAGUCGUGUGCUAGAUCUAGAGAGUGAUGUUGAGGCUCUGGGAAAGUACCGCUGUGUGGAGAAAGAGACAGACAUGCUGCUGUCCACUCUGUCGGCCAUGCAGGAGAAGGCUCAACAUCUGGAGUACAACCUGAGCGCUGAGACUCGCAUCAAACUGGACCUGUUUUCGGCUCUGGGGGACGCCCGCCGACAGCUGGAGAUCGCUCAAGAUAAAGUGAUGAGGCAGGACCGGGAGAUAAAGGAGAUGAAGCAGAAGAUCGCCGAGGUGAUGGCCGUCAGUCCCGGAGUUUCCUACAUGGCCCCUCGGCCUCCGGUGCCGCAGUAUCUCACCAAGUUGCUCAGCUCAGAGCGCUACAUGCUGAAUCCACGAGCACUGAUGUACCAGUGCCUGAAGAAAUAAAGGAUGUCGUCGCCUUCUUCUGACCCUUCAGACCCCUCUGUGAUAAAACAGGAGGGGAGGGGCUCACGGAUAUUUAUGACAGAGCUAAAUGACACCAUGAAGUCACCUCCUUCCAGCCUCCGGUGGGAACAGGAAGAACCUCCACAAGUCGAAAGCCUUUCGCUGCACUGAUGGUACCAACCAAGGGUUUCACUCCAAAAUACUGUCUCUCUCUUUGUGUAAAGAUACAGCAAACACAGAUAAGAGGCACUUUAUUAAUCCCAAUCUAGUCGGGAUGCAUCAGAGAAAAGCACAUUUCUCCAUAUUCAGACCCUGUUAAUUUAUCUAAAGCAGUGGUGUCCAAACUUUUUUCACUGAGGGCCACAUCCAAAAAAACAUACAAAGGUGUGGGUCCCUCACUAGAGGUGAGGUAUAUUGCCUCAUAUGUUAAGUUAUAAGUUAGCAAAAACAAUCCAAUGUGGGUAAAUUCUGCUUGAUUCUUGAAUAUGCUCCAUCACAGCUCUCCAAAGGGUUGUAUUUAUUUUUUGGCAGCUCAUUCCUUAAAACAGAAGCCUCAGAUUGUUUAUAAGAAGGGGAAAUAUGAAGGGUCUAAUUCAAGCUUGCAAAUAAUUUAUUGGGCUUUUUUAAAUGAAUUUAGAAAAUUGGACUUAUUAACACAUGAAUACUACUGUGUCAUAUAUGUGUUGAUAUAUUUAACAAUAUAAGACAAGCACAAGUUUCAGGUGUGUGCCCUAUUCCAUUAUACUUUUACAAUUUGCUGCGCGCCAAUUAGAAAUGGACUACGGGCCGCAUUUGGCCCCCAGGCCGUAGUUUGGACACCCCUGAUCUGAAGGAAUGAUUUCUGGAAUCCUGCUGUGAUGUUAAAAAUACACACUCGUCAAAAGUAUAAUACUUUAGGGAGUUAAAAUACGUACUCAAAUGUUAGCUUUGAUUACUCAUAACACACCUGCUGGAAUAAUCAAAAUAACAUGGGUUUAAUCCUCUUAUCCCUUUGAGUCAAAUUCAUUUCAGAGCAAAAGGAUCUAAUAAGUGUUUUUCACAGCACACAUUUUGACUUCUCAAAAGAGAAGCAGAGGUGUUACUGAUACCAUGAACAAGGCUCUGUUUUAUUGAAGGGAUUUAUCCCUGACAGCGAGCCCAGACCCAUGAAACUCAAAUGGAUUCAGCCAGUUCAUUUAUGUUCCUGCUGCGACAUGUCAAAAUGUCGUCUGGGGAAAGCUCAUUAAAAUAUGAAGACAUCCUGCCGUGACAUGUUCUCAGACCCAACAUGAAUAUAGAGAGAUGAUAAAUUACCACUUUUAUUUAUCCAGGAAUCUUUGAUUAUAGUCCUGCUUUGAAGCGUACGAAUAAAAAGAUAUUAGGUCCAAAAAUUCAGAAUUUUCUCAAAGUAUAUUUAGGACCAAUUUCCGCAUGCUGCAUUCUUAAGGAGUGUAUGUAUGAGUAUGCAUUUUCAAAUCCCUUCAGAGUUGGCAUUUUACAGGUGUCUUUCUUGUGAAACAGGUUGAGAUCUUGAUGUUUCUUGAGAGCGUUGUGCAGUGACGUUGAUUGUUGGGAGUGACCAGAAAAGGCAGAUCCCAGAGAGCGGCGAUUAUUCUCUCUGUUUGGUAGCUCAUCAGUGGAAACGGUGAUAGAGCGACUCUGAGUUACAGCGGAGUGGUUCAUGUGGUGUGGUUCAUGAAUUUAAUUACUGUGCCUAUAUACAUUACUUUCUAACUGGAAAGUAAAACACAAAUUUAAUGUGAAAGAGUAAUGUGUUUGAAUUGAAGUGCUAUGUACUGUUUUUGUAGUUCCUUUGAUUUAUUUUCUACUCACAAGGUACAGAAUUGAAGCAGCUGGAAACACUCAUGAACUGGAUGUCGCCAUUUUGGUAGCUUUUUAUUUAGAGUGUCUUUCUAGGGUGUUUUAUAUCAAAACUAUUUUUUAGUCUUGCUGUAAUUUUAUUAUACUGCUGUCAUUUUGUACGGCACUGUGUUUUUGUCGGCAUGAAAUGUGUUUUAUUCAACUGUGAUUUGAGCACACAUUGUGACUUUCAGUAUGUACAUGAAUAUACUUGUACAAGGGCUACAAUUUCUUAACAUUUUGAACAAAUAAUUCAAAUAGUGAUGCUCUGAAGGGUAGAGGUCACGCCCCUGACGCAUCAGGAGGAUUUCUUUUGUAUAAAUAAUUCAAACAAUUGAA